UCUGCAGGCCGUUGAGUCUAUUUAAAGGUGCGCGCCGGGGCCAGCGCCGCACAGUUGUCGGUUAGGUUGUGUAGCGCGUAGCGGUCAUGGCCAGCCACCUGGAGCUCAACAACGGCGCCAAGAUGCCCACCCUGGGCCUGGGCACUUGGAAGUCCCCUCCUGGCCAGGUGACCGAGGCGGUGAAGGUUGCCAUUGACCUUGGGUACCGCCACAUUGACUGUGCUCAGGUGUACCAAAAUGAGAAGGAGGUGGGAGUGGCACUCCAGGAGAAGCUCAAGGAGCAGGUGGUGAAGCGCCAGGAGCUCUUCAUCGUCAGCAAGCUGUGGUGCACAUUCCAUGACAAGAGCAUGGUGAAAGGAGCCUGCCAGAAGACGCUCGGCGACCUGCAGCUGGACUACCUGGACCUCUACCUGAUUCACUGGCCAACAGGCUUCAAGCCUGGGCCUGAUUAUUUUCCACUGGAUGCAUCAGGAAAUGUGAUUCCCAGUGACACCGAUUUUGUGGACACUUGGACGGCCAUGGAACAGCUGGUGGAUGAAGGUUUGGUGAAAUCGAUUGGUGUCUCCAACUUCAACCCUCUUCAGAUUGAGAGGAUCCUAAACAAACCUGGCUUAAAAUACAAGCCUGCAGUUAAUCAGAUCGAGUGCCACCCGUACCUAACUCAAGAGAAGCUGAUUGAAUACUGCCAUUCCAAAGGCAUCGUGGUGACUGCAUACAGUCCCCUUGGCUCUCCUGACAGGCCCUGGGCCAAGCCCGAAGACCCUUCUCUCCUGGAGGAUCCCAGGAUUAAGGAAAUUGCAUCCAAGUACAAUAAAACUACUGCCCAGGUGCUGAUCCGCCUCCCCAUACAAAGGAACUUGGUGGUGAUCCCCAAGUCUGUGACUCCAGCACGAAUUGCUGAGAACCUGAAGGUCUUUGACUUCGAGCUGAGCAAGGAGGAUGUGGCCACUCUACUCAGCUACAACAGGAACUGGAGGGUGUGUGCCUUGAUGAGCUGUGCUAAACACAAGGAUUACCCGUUCCAUGCCGAAGUCUGAAGCUGUGGAUGCCUGCUGUCCCCCAGCGACUUGUACCUGUUCUUCCUGCUUCAUCUGUCCUUGCAGGUGUAGUGUGGCCUGUGUCCUCUGCACUGGGUGAAACCUUGAGGUUCAGACAGUGCGGGUCUGUUAGUCUGACAUAGGCCCUGGAGAACAUUCUCAAUAGCUGAGGGGUUUCCUUCAGCCGUUCUUGACCUUUCUUCUUACCCCCCUGGAGAACGUUUAACACAAGAACCCUUUCCAACCAAAGAAAAGCAAGAUUUAUAGUCCAAGUAGUGCCACUAACAGUUAAGUGCUCAGAACUGUAAUCCUUUGGGUCAGACUUCUCUUGCCUCAAAUAAAAACUGCUUUUGUGAA